CCGUGGAGGAUGCGGGCUGUGUAGAAAUUCGUCCCUGUCGCGGUCUGGAGUGGGGUCCCGAGCCGGGGAGUGAGGCGGCGGGGGGCUGUCGGUGACCCAUGACUGAGCUCCGAGCCCCUGGCCGGUGAAGGCGCCGUGUAGGUGCUCCAGUUGUUCUGCAGUUGAGCCGGAAGAAAGGGGCCAAGUGGAGAAAUCCAGGGUCUUUACCGGUCGUCCCCUCAGGUCACCCGCUUUUUCCCGCCCUGUGUCGGGGCUCUUUGAACGUCGUGGUUUCCCUUGAGCUCUCGUUCUGUGCUCUGCUGGUGAAUGUGGCCUCAGCGAACGUCAACUGUAUAAACGGAUGAAAAAAGUCACGGGAAGGGAGAGUGGGCCUGAGAGGACCCGGAGACUGCUGCCUCUAGGAAAUGAGAGAAAAUGUGAAACCAGUUGGGGUUGUUAAUGGAAAAUGUGAACACUGGUUUUAGAGUUUGAAACGCAUAUCCUGAGCUUAAUCCAGGAAACUGUUAAAUUCAGGUAAGGAUGACAUUUGAUGAUGUGGCCUUGUAUUUUUCGGAGCAAGAGUGGGAGAUCCUGGAGAAGUGGCAGAAGGAAAUGUAUCAGCAAGUGAUGAAGACCAAUUAUGAGACUCUUGAUUCCCUGGGUGGCGUUUUUUCCAAGCCAGAUUUGAUCUCCUGGAUAGAACAAGGGAGAAUGCUGUUAAUCAGAGACCAGGGACCGUUGGAGAAAAACAUGACACUUAGCCCUUCUACUGAUGAGCAGUGGGACUUGCAGAAGACUGGAAAGUUGGCAUAUUUUGGUGACCAAGGAACUCUCAGGGCAAAAGAGGAGGAAGGCCAUUUAAAUGGUCUCCUAAAGCAGGGUUCAUGUGCUACCUUACCAGGGGAGGAAAGAAAGAUCUUAUCAGAUCAAAGAGCCGCCUUACAGCAUCCAAGUCUCCAAGAAAUAGGGAUUGUACAUAAAAACCUCGACCUUAGAGCAUCUAAUCAGGAUAAGAGCAAUCCAUGGCAUAAGCUGGUAGAUACUCCAGGUCACUUGGAAAUUCCACCAGGACCAAGAUUUUAUUCCUGCUUUGUCUGUGGGAAGGUCUUUCAGCUAAAGAGGGACUUGGUAAAGCACAAAAGAAACCACGCUAAGAGCCAGCCCUGUAAAUAUUCAAAGCACAAAAACAAAUCCAGAGGGAACCCUGAACUCAGGUGGAACCGGAUGAUCCUGUGUAAGAAGAAGCGUUUCCAGUGUGGCAAGUGUGAGAAGAGCUACUAUCUCAAAUGCAGCCUGAUCACUCACCACCAGGUUGUUCACACGGGGCAGCGGCCCUUUCCGUGCCCUGAAUGUGACAAGACCUUCCAGUGUAAAGCCACAUUGAAGAAGCAUCUGUGUUUGCACAAAAGGGAGAAACCAUUUUCCUGUGAGCAGUGUGGCAAGGGUUUCACCAAGCAAUGCAAGCUCACUGAGCACCUCAGGGUGCACACUGGGGAGAAGCCUUUCCAAUGUCCAGAGUGCAACAGAAGCUUCCGCCAGCAGAGGAGUUUGAAGGCCCAUCUUUGCCAACACAAUGAGAAGAAGCCCUUCCAUUGUCCAGAAUGUGGCAGAAGCUUCUCCCGGAAGGCUGCCGUGAAGGCCCACCAGAGGAUACACAGUGGAGAGAAGCCGUUUUCUUGUGACGAAUGUGGUAGGAAAUUCACACACAAGACGAAACUCACUGAACAUAUCAGAGUUCAUACGGGAGAGAAGCCUUUCCAGUGUCCCGAGUGUAAGAAAAGUUUCCGCCUAAAGAGGAGCCUAAAAGCCCAUCUGUUUCAGCACGGUGGGAAGAAACCCUUCCAGUGUCCAGAGUGUGACAGGAGCUUCUCUUGGAAGAAUGCCAUGAAGGCCCACCAGCGUUUACAUAGUGAGGAGAAGCCAUUCUCCUGUGGGGAGUGUGGCAAGAGGUUCACCCGGCCCUCUAAGCUCACUCGCCAUAGCAGAGUCCACAACAGGCAAAAGGAAUUCUCCUGUGACGAGUGCAAAAAGACCUUUCCUCGGCAGUCGAGGCUCACGGAGCACCUCAAGGUCCACACCAAAGAAAAGCCAUUCUCCUGUUCUGAGUGCAGCCGGAGCUUCAGCCGACACUCGCACCUCACUGAGCACAUGAGACUUCACAGUGGGGAGGAGCCUUUCCAGUGUCCUGAGUGUGACAAGAGCUUUUUCUGGAAGGCCUCCAUGAAAUUCCACCAGCGGAUACACAGGGGCGAGAAGCCCUUUGCAUGUGGCGAGUGUGGUAAGACCUAUACUCAGCAGUCUCAGCUCACUGAACAUAAGAGAAUCCACAGUGGAGAGAAACCCUUCCAGUGUCCUGAGUGCAAUAAAAGUUUCCGUCUCAAAGGAAAUUUGAAGAGCCACCUGCUCCAGCACAGUGACAAAAAGCCAUUCUCCUGUGUUAAAUGUGGCAAAAGUUUCACUCAGCAGUACAGGCUCACUGAACACAUUCGAGUCCAUAGUGGUGAGAAGCCCUUCCAGUGUCCCGAGUGUGACAAGAGCUACUGCAUAAGGGGAAGUUUGAAGGUCCACUUGCAUACGCAUAGUGGAGAGAAGCCCUUCAGGUGCUCUGAAUGUGGCAAGGGGUUCCUCCAGAAGAGAAGUUUGAAGACCCAUCUGCACCAUCACAGAGGGGAGAGGCCUUUUUCUUGUGGUGAGUGUGGAAGGAGCUUUACGUACAUGGGGGCACUCAACACCCAUGUUGCGGUACAUGCCAGGGAAAAGCCCUUCAGUGUCUAGGUCAAGCCGCGCAGAAAGGAAGCGGCGACAGCUUUUAGGCGGAGCUAGCAGCUCUUGGAUCCAUGGCAUAAGCUGGAUAAGGAAUUCACAAAACGCUGACCUCAGAUACACUGGCCUGCUGCAGAGCAGGCAGGGCGGCAUGAUGGCUCCUUCACGAAGAUUCCAAAUAAUCCAGACAUGGGGCGCCUGGGUGGCUCAGUCGGUUAAGCGACUGCC